AUUAGUAUAUGGAUUCAUAGGAAUGAUACCUAUUCGUACGUAUCAUAAGUAUUGCACUACCGUAUUUACUUUGAAGUGUUGAACACUCACUGAACUAUAUUAGUAUAGUUCAAUGCGAGCGUGACCCCCAUUGAGCACAGUUGAAUGGGAAUCACAUCCACAUGGUGCGUUGCAUGCGUUGAUGGCGCUCAAUAUAGAUGUUUUCUGUUAUUAAUCAUUUAGGUAAUAUCAAUUAAUAACAGAAUAUAAAAAGACAUUUUAGUUUUAUUACAAAAAUACAAAAUGAGACAAACAAUUUUAAAACUGUACAAAGAUCUGUUGCGCUACGGAGACACGUUGAAAUACACGGAAACGAAGUAUUAUAAGAACAAAAUUCGUAGUAGUUUCAAAGAAAAUAAGUGCUUGACCAAUCAAGCAGACAUUGAUUUUCAAAUACAGAAAGGAAAUAAACUUUUGGAGUAUCGUCGAAUCGUAUAAGUAAUUUUUUGUAACGAAAAUAAAUAUGUAAUUAUGUGAAGAUUGCAACAAUGUUGAAGUCCUUAUCAAACAGAUAUUAUGUCCAAUCCUCUGCUGGUU